AUGUGUCUGUACAGAGCAUAUCCGUGUGACUUCGAUAAGCCUAAUGAGUACGGUCUGAGGGAAAACGUCGAUCCGAAGGAUGUAAGCUCGCCUGCAGUGGAAGAAGAGGCAGAAGAGCAAGAUAAGCUGGUACAAGUGGAAGAGGAGGUGACGGAAAGUGAUAAAGGCAGCACUGUUGUUGGCUUCGUGCAUGAUCCACCCGAAAGCACAGAAGAUGGCGAAGAGGAAUUCAUGACGUAUGAAACCAAUGUUGAUGCUGACGUGGAAGGUGCUCCGUCAGAAAGUAAGCAAGAAAGUGAUACGGAUGAAUCCAAUUUUGAUGCUGACGAGGAAAGUGCUCCGUCGGGAGAUUAUACGGGCUCCACACUUACAGAGGAAGAAAAGACGGUGCCAGAUGAUUCUGGGAGCACUCUACACCAAGGAAUAGGCAACGCAGAUGCCAAAAAGAAGUUGAAACAGUAUUCAUCAGCACAAGCAGCCGAGAACACUGGUUCUGCAGCCCUUACUUAUUCUCUACCACUAAUAAUAAUUCUUUUGACAAAACAUCUGUUGCGGUCACUAUUUGUCGAGAAAGUGAUUAUAAUAUGA